ACUGUCGGUGUUGCGCGUGCCUCGACUCGUGCAUGAAAACAUGGCGUUUAAUAUCUAGGGGUGGGUGUGAUGGAUACCAGUUCCCGAAAAGUGCAAGUGGUGGUGUAUUUCCAUGGGGAUGGAUGACUUUGACGGGAUGGAAAGCCCGAUUGAUAGCCUUUUGGAGCAGAUAAAGCGAGGUACUAGAGCGAUGGAAGAUAGGCAACAAUCACAAUCUACAAUUGUUCCCAAAGUGCGGCGAAGUCGAAGUGGUGCAAGUGUCCUGUCAACUGACACGGAUAACUUAAUUUCAGCUUUCUUGCCACUGAUACUUCGAUUACAUAUGAAUCACUCUUUUAAAUAUUGGCGGCAUUGUCCGGUGAACCUUCAAGUUACAUGUGUUUGUGUUCGUACACAACAGUGUAUGAAAACUAUAAUAUUUACUGACGUGAUCAAGGCAUUUGAUUUUGUUUUGUAUGUAGCUGUUCUGAAACCUCUAAGGGAAGCAAAGGCAAGUGAAGCAAACAUUUCAGCUGAAUACGUGCUUAGAAGAGAGAAGACAAAAGAAAUUCUUCUUAUAUCUGCCAGCAUGGAGCAAGUUGAUGCUGCUGAGAAAGAGGCAAGUGAAGUUCUUCACUCCUUAUUGUCAGUGGAGAGAAUCGAGAAACAAUCGUUAGUAACUGAUCCAAAUAAUCAGCAGGUGGUGGUUGUAACAACUUCAGAUGCAAAUCCUUCAUUAAAUAACAUUCAAGGAGACAAUGUAACUUCAGAAAAUCAAGAUCAGAAUGCCAUUCAGUGGCACACGCCUGUUACUGUUCAUCAUGCUUUAUUUACUAACAUGGUAAGCGUUAAUCAGACAUUAUCCGGAGACCAGGUAAUUUGGCAGUUGAAUCAAGACCCAUUAACUUGCAAUCAAUCACAAAAUAACUUGUACACUUCAUCAGAGUCUGCCUCCGUUGCCCCUGCAGCAGAAGUACCCUUUCAACAAACAGUGCAAACUGAAACAAGUGUUGACAGUAAAUGUAUCAAACGAAAGCCUAGCAAAAACCUUGUUGAUAAAGGAACCCCUACCAAAAGAAAAAAUAAAUCUAAUUUAGAUACAUCCCCAGAAAAUACUGAAUCUUCUAGAUUAGAAGAAAGUGCCCAAGAAGUUCGAGAGAGAUUUGAGAAAGGUUGUGAAUGUCAGGAAGAAAAUUGUUUUGUUGGUUUGAAUCCAGAAUAUGUGUAUCGACAUAGAUUGAAUAUAGCAGAACUAACAAAAGGAGAGCAUGAUAUGUAUCUAAUGGGUGUGACAAUGGCAGUACUUACAAAUCCUGAAGAAACAGUGCGACAUAAAGAGAGAAGGCGACUUAGAGCUCAGUAUGUGUUUCAAGGCAGAAGAGUUUGCUUAGAUGCAUUUCUAUAUUUAGAAAAUUGUACUCAUUAUCAACUAAAAAGGAUAAGAAAACAUGUGAUGACCCAUGGGGUGGCACCACGUGUGCAUGGAAACCAAGGUAAAAAACCUCAUAACACAUUUCCACUGGACAGUUAUCGACAUGCAGCUGCUUUUCUUCGUCAGUUUAUUGAAAGACAUACUUCUGGAUAUAACCCUCAACAAGUUUAUUCUUCCAACAAAAAUAAAAAGUCUUCUAAUAAAAAUGUACUGAUGUAUCUUCCUGCAGAAAUUACAAGAAAAACUAUUCAUAAUGCAUAUCGUGAAUAUUGUGAACAUUUUGACCCUUCAAUUAAGGUAAUGGGCUACUCAAGUUUUAGGCAGUAUAUGAAGGAGCAAUUUCCUCAUGUCAAAUUUUGCAAAUUAGAAGGAAGUGCAAAUAAAACAGUCAGUUCUAAACAGCAAAAGCAACAACAACCUCAACAACAGCAACAACAGCAGCCGCAGCAGCAACAACAACAGCAGCAGCAUCAACAAGGAUAUUUACAAGAAAAUACAACUGAUAUGUCAGUUGAAAUUGUAUCUGCCCAAAGUUCGAAACUUCAGGAAAAUGUCAUGCCUAAUCAUUCUGAAGAUCACCAUCAUGAAACACCAGCGGCUACUAUCAUCAGCACAACAGGUGAUGUGCAGCAAGUAACUGCUAUCCCAAUUGUGUUGUCCCAACACAAUACACAAAAUGAUUCUGUGGUUUCAACAACAAUGACUCAGUCACAACAGCAGCAACCUACUACUUACAUAGUCACUCCUGUUUCACAAUUACUUCAGCCAUCCAUUGGAACAGGUUCUGGAAUCAAUAGUAACAAUGGAAAUACAUUUGCUUCAUAUCAAUUGACCCCAACCAGCGAGUAUACUUCUCAGCAGCAUAUAAAUCAAUCUCAAGUGGGAACUAUUACUGUAACUUCUGUUCAAAGUAAUCCAUAUGCAUUCACUACUCUUUAAGAAAGUGACUGAAUGAAUUUUUAUCAUAUUAGUUAUUAUUUAUCAGGCUAUGUUUAUGCUGACUAGAGAUAUUCUCAAAAGCAGCCUGAAAUUUUGCCAUAUUAGUGAACACAAAACUAUUUAUUUUUAAUGCAUUUUGAAAGUUUAACUGAAAUCUUUUAACUCAAUGAACUGUAUAUAGGAAGGAAUAGUGAUCCAAUUUAAUUAUCUUUAUUUAUUUCAUAGAAUAAUUAAUUGUAUUCUAUAUGAGAGUUGUUAACAGAUGUUUUUGGGAUAUAAAAUGAUACUUUGUUAAGCUUAUAUUUUCUUAGCUUCUUUUGUAACAGACUGAUAAAUGAACAAUAGAGGCAAAAUUCUUAGAGGAUAUUUGCCUCUCAUAUCCACUGGAAUGUUUUCCUAUGCAGUAAAAACAAUUAUGUUCUUGCUUACUGUGACAUUGUUUUAAAAAUAUAGUUGUGAAUAAAACAGACUGUUAAUUUUUUUACCUGUAAAAAUUGAGUAUUAGAGAAAAAAUUCUGUAAAUAGCUUUUGGUCUCAUUUAAUAGUACUUUAUUUUUAAGUGUCAGUACCUGCAAUUAAGCUUUCAAAGCAAAAAUUAUUUAUAAACUUUAUGAAAUUUCCACUUAAUCAUUUAAAGUUCCAAUUUGGGACACUAAUAAUUUGGAAUAUAUUCAACUUACUGAUAAAUCAGCUUGAAUUUUUCUGAAAACAGGAAUUAAACAUAUUUUUUUAAUUAGAAUUUUGAUUAAUUCUUAAGAAGUGAUGUAGGUUUAAAUGUUCCCUUGGUCCUGAAAGUUUGUUCAGUUAGAUCUAGUUACAUGGACAAGGCAAAUAUAAUUCUAGAAAAUGGCAUUUCCAUUCUGCAAAUGAGAUGAAAGUUGUUAAUCUCUUAUGAAAGCAAAUGUGAAAUAUUUAAGAAAGGAGAGAAAUAUGGAGUUUACUUCUACAAAAUCUAAAGAGAAUUUGUAGUACAGACAGUAUGAAGUGAAGGAUAUUUGUAAAAAUUGUUGCAAUAUACAUGUUGAGUUUGAAGUUAAAUAUAAUCUAUGUUCUGAACUAAAGUGUCAGGAAUGAAGGAUAAAAGUUGUCAGUAAUCAUGACAGAAAUUUAUUAAUGUAUACAAUUUCUGUGUACUAAGUAGUAUUUUAGAUUUUUUGACAACAUUGCUUACCAUUAAGAAAUAAUUGAGAUACAUUUACCAAAACUUAAGUGUUUAAAAAUGAAAGAAUAUGAUGGAAUAUCUGUAUGUCAUGUAGCUCUGUUUUUCAAUAGUUCUAAAUGUAUCUUCUCAAUCAGUCUUUGGCAGCAAUGUUUUUUGUU